CGUCAUGCAUGAAUUUGUUGUUUUCUUGUUGACCCGGAUAUACUUUUAACAAACAGAUCAGGCUUAUCUCAGAGUAUGGAGCAAUGGACUCACCAACUGCAAAGCCCUGUACUAAAGAUGAGUUCAAGCCGAAAAACCUUUUCCUAGAUUAUGAUCGACCGCGUGAUUUUAUCACCUUUCAGCACUGUGGAAGUGCCCCAGCCUACCUGAUAUGGCGCCUGUUUUGGGCCGUGUACCACGUGGUCUGGAUCAUACUUACUGGGGUGUACAGCUGGCAGUGGGCGGGGGAUGACCCGGAACAACAGGUCAAGUGGUUCAUCUUCCUGACCGACUGGUGCUACUUCGUCCUGACCGUCUCUACCCUCGUGGAUGCGGCUUGUGUAGUUUACAUCUACUUCUGCAGGGUGGACAUUAAAAAUGGUAUCUCCGACGAAAUGACUUGGUACUUGAAAGCCAACUGGGUCAUCUUCAACAUCGCUAACUCUUCUGCUGUUGUUGUCACCCUCACGUUCUGGGGGCUGGUAUAUAAUGGUGGUUCAGUGACUGUCAUAGACAUAUUUACGCAUGGUGUCAACGCUAUUUACGUCAUUGUCAACGCUAGCGUAACAUCCGUUCCUGUCCGAUUCUACCAUUUUCUCCACGGAAUUUUAUUCGGAGUAACCUAUGUCGUAUUUACUGCGGUAUAUUACGCAGCCGGGGGAACUAAUCAUCAGAACAAACCUUAUAUUUACCCAGUGUUAGACUGGACCGUUCCAGGUACCACAUUAGCAUACUGUCUAGCCGUGCUGCUUGUUGCAUUGCCUCUUGGCCAUUUUCUGUUUUUCGGGAUAUAUGCUCUUCGACGGUGUUCAUGCAGACAACAGACGACAUCUAAUCCUGUCUAAUCUCGUGAUAUAGUCUUGUACAUUUCGUGCAAAUCAGGGAUUCCAUGCAAUACCAGUGUAUAUUAUUAUUCUUUUUUAUACGUGCAUUUUAUUUUAUAUGUCGUUUGUAUAGACAUUUAUAACAAAAUCAAUCGAAAUUGAAGUCAUAUCCAAUUGCAUUGUAUACAUGUAAUAAAUCAUAGGCAAGUAUUGGUUUUGCUAGAUGUUGAUCAUCAUAGCAGGACCCGGUGAGGUCCAUGAUAUAAAGAUUAAUAUUUUCAUUAUCAACUUUAAUAAUGAAAUUUAUCAUUAGCAUAUAUAUUUAAGGGGAUCAUUUCCGAUGAAAAAUAAUAUAACAGUGUAUAUUACGAUUACGACAAUUAUAGGUAUCACGCGGAAUAAGAAAGUACUUGAAUGCAAAACACAUUUCGAAAAAGGUGUUAAAACUAUUAUCAUAUGAUCAUAAAUUACUUCACUAAAAACUCUUUUGUAUGAUAGAUAUUCAAAAUUUUAAAAGUCUGACCCUUUAGAAUUCUAUUUUUUUUAAAAUAAUUUAUUGUUUUUGUUCCAUACAUACUAAUGUUGACAUUAAUAAAUUCAGUUUUUAUAAAUUUUAUACACAUGCAUACUCACUCACACUCAAGUAUAUUUACAUACAUUUUUCAAUAUUCGUGGUAAAUGGUUACUUUGUUUCCAAAAAAAAAAAAAAAAAACCCCAAAAAACACCAAAAAAACCCCCCAAAACAAAACAAAACAAAACAAAAAAUAAAACAACAAAAAACAAAAUUAAUAAUAAUACGAAUAAUAAUAAUCAUAUUAUCAUAAACUAAUCUAAAAUCUUUUUCCAUGUAAGCCACAUUUUUUUAAAAUUGCGCAGAUUUUGGAUAGCAGCAUAUUUUUCUAUAUAUUUUUUUCUUAAUUGACUGAGUAAUCCAAGAAAAUUUGGCAUUUUAUUUUGCAUUAAGGAUAUAAAAAUAUAUUGUUUAACAUAUAAGAUUAUGAAGUUUAUAACCCUGUUAUUGUUUGACAAUGGUAGCUCACAAAGAAUAAAAUUCGAAACAUUAAAACCAACUCUUUCAGUGGUCUUUCUGUAUAUAUGAAGA